AUGAAGUUUUUGGGUGUUAAAGUGUACCGUUUCCCGCUGGUGAAGUACUACUGGCCAUUUUUCGUCGGAUUUGGCCUGACUUUCUACGGAGUCGCCAAGAUCCAGAAUGCCAUGAUGGACACUGCUGAGUUCAUUAACGACCCAAGACACCCAAGAUUCAAGAAGGGUGACUUGGAGAAGAAAUAG